UUUCGUUAGCAAGCUGCGAGGGCAGUGCGAACAAAUCGAGGGCCCAGAGAAAAGUAGGUCGACAGUAUUGAUUUUACUCAAUAUUCGACAAACAAAGACGUUACUCCUUCAGUGCGAUUAUAAACACUCUGGUGCGUGAAUCAACUGAGGAACAACGUGCAAAAUGCCUGAUGCGGAGUUGGGCGGGACGGUCGAGAAUGUUCGGGUGGUUGUGCGCUUGCGUCCGAUGGAUGCGAGGGAAAAAAUCGACAGCUCGUACAAUUGCGUAUCAGUUGACACGGUUAACAACACCAUAGCAGUCACGAGGACGAACGUUUCCCCGCCAGAACCGCCGCGCAUUUACGCCUAUGAUGCAGUCUUCGAUAGCAAUACAAGUCAGAUGGACAUCUACAUCCAGACAGCCAGCCCGAUCGUGGAAGAGGUUCUCAAAGGUUACAAUGGGACCAUAUUCGCGUACGGGCAAACCGGCACGGGGAAAACCUACACCAUGGCAGGGAGCAAUUCUGCCCCCGAAUUGAGGGGCAUAAUACCCAACUCGUUUGCCCAUAUAUUCAGCCAUAUAGCUAAAGCGAAGGAUGAUGAGAAAUUCCUCGUAUGCGUGACAUACUUGGAAAUUUACAAUGAAGAAGUAAGGGAUCUGCUGGGGAACAAUCCGCACCAGAGUUUGGAAGUGAAAGAGAGGCCUGAUAUAGGCGUCUUUGUCAAGGACUUGACCGGUUACGUAGUCCAUAACGCAGACGAAUUGGAGAAAAUAAUGGCGGUUGGGAACAAAAAUAGGCACAUAGGAGCUACAGCAAUGAACAUAGAGAGUUCUAGAUCGCACGCCAUUUUCUCUAUCACAGUUGAGAGUAGCAAGCGCGGCGCGGACGGCAAGAUGCACGUGAAGAUGGGGAAAUUGCACCUUGUUGACUUGGCGGGCUCAGAGCGCCAAAGCAAAACCCAAGCGACCGGCACCCGGCUGAAGGAGGCCACGAAGAUCAACCAAUCGCUGUCCGUGCUGGGCAACGUCAUAUCCGCUCUGGUGGACGGCAAGUCAACACACAUACCGUACAGGAACAGUAAGCUGACCAGGCUCUUGCAGGACUCCCUCGGCGGCAACUCGAAGACCGUUAUGAUAGCGACGAUCGGGCCGGCGGACACGAACUACGUGGAAACUAUAAGCACGCUGCGGUACGCGAACCGAGCCAAAAACAUAGAGAACAAGACGCACGUGAACAGCGAGCCAGGUGACGCUCUGCUCACGAGAUUCCAACAAGAGAUCGAUCAGCUCAAAAAGCAAUUAGAGGAAUCAGCAAUCGAUGUCGAAGAAGAGGAUGAGGACGAGGAACUGUCAGAAGACACAGAUGACACACUCACCGACCCUGAGAUGGAUGUACUGGCUCCGGAGGAGAAGAAACUGCGCCGCAAAUUGAGAAAGGAAGAGAAGGAAAAAGCAAAAAGGGAGAUGGCUCACCAGGCGCGGAAAGUUCUGGAAGAAAAGAAGGCCGAGUUGCAAAGAACCAAGAAACAGCAGGAAGAGCUCAAAGACAAGCUGCAACGUCUGGAGUCGAAGGUGCUAGUGGGUGGAGAGAACCUUCUGGACCGAGCUGAUGCCCAACGGCGUCUCCUGGAACAAGCUGCCAAGGAGCUGGAGCAGAGGAAGCUGAUAGAACUGCGUCUGCAAGAAGACCUGCAGAAGAAGGAGGCCGAACGUUUGGACCUGGAAGAGCGAUACUCCAGUCUCCAGGAGGAAAACGCAGCCAAGACCCGCAAACUAAAGCGAGCGGUGCAGCUCCUCAACUCCGCUAAAGCGGAACUGGCUGACCAGCAAAGGGAACAGCAGCGGGAGAUGGAGGGCAUCCUGGACGGCAUCAGGGCGCUGAAAAGGGAGUUGCAGCUGGCCGACCUGGUUCUGGACUCGUACAUACCGAAGGAGUAUCAGACGCUGAUCGACCAGUACGUGCACUGGAACGAGCAGCUCGGCGAGUGGCAGGUCAAGUGCGUCGCGUACACCGGCAACAACAUGGCGCCGCACCAGGCGCUCGCCGACAAGCGGCAGAGCCAUAUCGAACCACCGGACCUGUCGGAUCGUUAUUUAUCGUAUUCGACAGUGACUCGCGCCAGUACUCGCCUGGCCAGACCGCUAUCCGCUGUGCCUCGUCCUCACACGGCUUUGCGACAGCGUCACUAGCUCGAAAAAGAUAAAAAAAAAAUAAUAAAAAAACACGUAGUUUGAUUAUGUAGGGUUUUAUAAAAAAUUGAAAAGGAAAAAAACAAUUUUAAUGCAUUUCUUUAAAUCUCUGUGAACUAUAUGUCAUUUAAAAAACCAUUUUUCUAGUAGAAAAAGAAUUAUUGUUUCUAACCAAAAAUAGUUAUGAAUUUUAAUUAAGUAAAAAACAAAACAUGA